AUGGGCGUGGGCGACGUCGUUCGCGGAAGCUUUGGCUUCCUUUUGAACCGCAACCAACAUGUCCCCAUCGCUGCUGCCAACAUCAACUUGACGCCCUCCAAUGCAUUCCACUCGCUCUUCUACCGUCACCGAGAAGCCCCUCUCCCAAUCACGCCUGUCUCCAUCAUCAAGUCCAUGCUCCAAAUCGACGAUCUUCAGGCGCUCCUCUGGGCCUGGACCCUCAUCGGCAUACUGCUUCUCUUCGCCUUCUGGACCAACCCCGACGAGGCUUCCUUCAGGCCUUUCCUCACCGAUCUCGUCUUCCGCGAGCGGCUUCGUCUCCUUCAAAAUGAUCAGCAUGCCCAUGAAUCACAACUGCCCAGCCAUGACGCCGCAGUCGCUCCUCCGACCACCGAGCCUGCCUUCGCGCGCAAAUCCGAUCCCAGCGCUUUCUCUUCGCUAAUUUCUACCACCUCGUAUUCAUCCGGUCCUUUCGCACUCACUUUUGGAGCAAAGGUAGUGCUCUCGGUGCGCACGCCCCCUUUCCAUCGCAAAGAUCUCGGUCUGCUUUCCAUCGUCACUAUCUCGCAAAGUUCGCCUGCACGCGGAUCCAACGACCACCAGAGCUCGCCAUCACAAACCAGCAGACGCACUCAGCGUGCCUCUGCCAAAUCCGACGGCUCCAUUGAUUGUACUUCUCUCUUCAUCGGCGCUUUUGGUAAAUGGUGGGUCCUCGGUUACGCUAUCCCGGAUCUGCCUGCCACUUCUUCCUCUAAUCACUUCCACCCGCCAAAGAACGCCCGUCCAGAGCUCGAGGAGAACAUGACCGACAUUCCCGAUUGGGGUGUUCUCGAGAUGCGCUCCGUUGAUCCCGACCCUCAAUCCCGGCGAAGUUCCGUACAAGCGUCUCGGAGAGGCCCGCAAGGAAGCGCAUCCCAGCCUUCUUCCCGCCAAGCAUCGGGUUCUGAGCCAACCGCACCCAUCACAUCUCCGUCUCAUCCUCUCACGACCACCUCCGCGAGCUCAAAGGACUCUAUCUCCGCAACUGAGUCUCAAGACUGCAUCAGCAUUGCUGCGUUGGUUUCGAGAUCUCAAAGCGAAAUUGUCGACCUUCAAGGCCAACUCAGCCAUGUCAGGAGCGCCUCUGCCCGUACUUGCGAGGCUCUCGAAGCCGAUUUGGAGGAGGUGCGCGCCAAGAAGAAGGAAGAGGAGAAACUUCGCUCAGACAUCAAAUCAAGGACCAAGGCUUUGGACGACAGCAAAAGGCAGGUCGAAAGCACCCGACGCGAGGCAGAAAGACGCUUGAAGACUGUAAAUGCUGCUCGUGCCCUCAAGCAGGCCAGCAUUCAGCAAAGGAAGGAUCAAGUCGAUAUGCUCCACAAACGCAGAGCUGCUAUCAAUGCCAAAAAGGCUGCACACACCGAGAAACGCCUGCAGCGCUCCGAAGAGCUCUUAAACCUAAUCAGCCAAGCCAAGGAUAAAGCUGAUAAGCUACGGAGUGAGAUGGAUACUCUACGUAAAGAUGUACAGGCUGCUCAGGAUCAGUUGCAACUCGAAAAGGCCAUUGCUCGUAAUAUUCAGGAGGCCGACCACCGAGACCAAAGCCGCGUCAACGCUUCGCCCUACAUGUGGAACCCUGCGAUGGAGUACAAUCAGAUGGCCAGCCACGAGGCCAUGUACGCACACCUAGCUUCCACCCCUGAUCCCCUCGUUGACAGUCUGGCCCGUAUGGAAGAGCGCGCCCUCGCUGCACAACAGUACACCUCGAGUCCCUUUGACGCCGAACCGGGCCUCGCCAUCAACAAGAUGCCGACGGCCCAUGCGGAUGGCUAUGACAACCUUGGCACCAGCGUUUUGCGAAAUGCUUUCCGUCGCGCUAACGCUGCAUCGGUUGGCGAGGGUCGCGAAAUGUUGUCCCAUGCUUCGCCGGGCAUUGGCAACCCCUCCCUGCAGAAUGCCUCCAACUUCGAGGCUAUCAAGCAAGCUUUCCAGCCCACCAUCGCUACCGAGGAGGAUGGUCGUCGAUCUUGGUCGGCAUUUGAUGUUUGGCAAUCUGACCUUCGCAGCGGCAGCCGUCAGAACUUGCAAUGGGCGUCCGGCACAGCGAAUGCGAGUGCUGAUUCGUUGCCUCAGUUCAGCGCAAGCAGCAGCUUCUUGCCACUCGACCGUAGUACCAGUGCGGAACAGACUGGCUUUGCCAAGUUCCAGGACCAAGAAGGCGAUCCAGAGCAAAAUCGCAACCUAUCCAAGGUCAAGAGAGCUUUCCGCUGGCCCUUCCGGCCGAGCCAAGUGCAAGAUGACUUCGUCUAA